UCCUGGCAGGGAUGGUCUCUGUCACCUGGCUGCAACCCAGUUCUUCCUUCUCCUACCCUGACAACACUCCAGUUUUACUUGCUAAGAAUCCUCAGGGACCUUUGCCCUUCCUGCCAGCAUUCAUACUCCUGUCUUCUGCCUGCUUCCUCACCAUGAAUGCUUAGGGUGAGAUGACCUCUUAAAACCUGCUCCAUCUACCUAGAAGACCAUUGCUGUUGUGGGAUUCUAAUAGAUUAGGAAGGUUGAGGAAGAAACAGAAACCCCAUUGCUUCCUUUGUGCCCCCUUUGUUUUAUGCCCACAUAAAGAAAUUUCCUGUCUAAACUCUCUGCUGCCUGCCUAGGAAACAAAACUGAAGAUUUGGGUAGCUUGAGUCCCUUGGUCCCUAUUCUGGCUCCUUGAUAUAUGUUAAAAUGAGUCUGCCUAUUGGGCUUGAGCGAAUGCCUCUGGAAAUGUGGGAGUUUGAGAAUGAGACUGGGAACCUGUCUGCCGAGGUCACUCUGUCUCCAAGUGACAGAGCCCAAAGCAUGUCCCUGUCCCUUCUCUCAGUUGCCCCUUCCCAAGAGUCAUAAUCAGCAUGAAAGAGAUCGACUUUGGUGGGAGUAAGUCUAAGUGAUGAUUCUCCUUGGUGCCUUUUAAAAGGCUGAGGUCUUCCAUUAUCACAAGCCAACUUGAAUGAAGCAGGCUGUUCUUAAUGAGAAAAUCCUACUUCCUUCUCGUUCUUCCUGGCAUUUUCCCCAGGGACUAUUAUGAAGCAGUACUGCAAUGUGUUUCAGACCUGGAAAACUGGACAUGUGUGUGGCUCAGCAGUUUUUUGGAGGAAAUUCAGCCACUUUUUGGUGGCUAUCCUCCGCUCUCACCCAUCAGUUCUUGAAGGUGGUAUCUUUACCUGCAAGGUCACUUACUUAGCUCCACUUAGCAUCUUCAGAAAGGAUGAUGACUGUAGUCCUGUGUUCAGGGAGCAAGGCUCCUCAGUGUGUUGUGAGUGAAGAGGACUUGGAGUGGCAGGGACUAUGCUUCAUUCAUGGCUGUGUCCCCAGCACAGGGGUUAGUAUACAGCAAGAUCAAUAAAUAACUUGUGGGGGGUGGUGCCUAUGGCUCAAAGGAGUAGGGCACCGGUCCCAUAUGCUGGAUGUGGCGGUUUCAAACCCAGCCCUGGCCAAAAACUGCAAAAAAAAAAAAAAAAAGAAUAAAUAACUUGUGGAAUGCAUGACUGUGUUGGCUGCCUGUGUCUGUCUGGUGGGAAGGCUGGGGACCCCCAUGAGAAGUAAGGCUAUUGUGCUGCUUUCUAUGGUGCAGCCUGCCUCCCAGCCUGGCUUCACCCUCCUGUGACUUUUCCAUUUUCCCCAGCCCCCAUUUGACCUUAACAUUCCUGAGGUCCUGAAUGAAUAUGUGAUCAGGUCUUUUAGCCUUUCCCAGAACUUUGACCCUUGGGAGGCAGGGCGGUUCUAGAGAGGGAGGUAUAGCCCUCAGCUCUGGUUCCGCCUGACCCACACUGAAAGCCAACAGAAAGGGCCUGAGGCUGUUUCUCGCAGUCUGGAGUCCUGCACUUGCCGCUCUAAAUCCCAGCCUGCCCUGGGGGCUACCCGCCCCCUUUUCUGAUCCUCUGCACUGGAGAGAGACCUUUCUAAGCAGAGGCCUGGACUACAUCUCCCGGCGUUCCUGGCAGAGUGGCGGCCUCUGUGCGCCGUCUGCACUGGUUGCUCGUGAUGAUGCAGCUGGCAGUGAGCAUGGUGGCCCGUCUGGGCGUUUGCUCUCAUGCACUUCCCUCAGUCCUGGGUCGUCAGCUCAGUUGUGCACAGGACAAGCUCCGCCGGACACCACUCUAUGACUUCCACCUGGCCCAUGGCGGGAAAAUGGUGGCGUUUGCGGGUUGGAGUCUGCCAGUGCAGUACCGAGACAGUCAUGUUGACUCGCACCUACACACACGCCAGCACUGCUCGCUCUUUGACGUGUCUCACAUGCUGCAGACCAAGAUACUCGGUAGUGACCGGGUGAAGCUGAUGGAGAGUAUAGUAGUUGGAGACAUUGCAGAACUAAGGCCAAACCAGGGGACACUGUCACUGUUUACCAAUGAGGCUGGAGGCAUCUUAGACGACUUGAUUGUGACCAAUGCUUCCGAAGGGCACUUGUAUGUGGUGUCCAAUGCUGGCUGCCGGGAGAAGGACUUGGCCCUUAUGCAGGAAAAGGUCAAGGAGCUUCAGAACAGGGGCAGUGAUGUGGCCUUGGAAGUGGUGGACAAUGCCCUGCUAGCCUUGCAAGGACCCACUGCGGCACAGGUGCUGCAGGCCGGCGUGGCAGAUGACCUGAAGAAACUGCCCUUCAUGACCAGUGCUGUGAUGGAGGUGUUUGGCGUGUCUGGCUGCCGUGUGACCCGCUGUGGCUACACAGGAGAGGAUGGUGUGGAGAUUUCGGUGCCGGCAGUGGGGGUAAUUCACCUGGCAACAGCUCUGCUGGAAAACCCGGAGGUGAAGCUGGCAGGGCUGGCGGCCAGGGACAGCCUGCGCCUGGAGGCAGGCCUCUGCCUAUAUGGGAAGGACAUUGAUGAACACACUACACCUGUGGAGGGCAGUCUCAGCUGGACAUUGGGGAAGCGCCGCCGAGCUGCUAUGGACUUCCCUGGAGCCAAAGCCAUCGUUCCCCAACUGAAGGGCAAAGUACAGCGGAGGCGUGUGGGGUUGAUGUGUGAGGGGGCCCCAAUGCGGGAGCACAGUCCCAUCCUGAGCAUGGAGGGUGCUGUGAUUGGUACUGUGACCAGUGGCUGCCCCUCACCCUGCCUGAAGAAGAAUGUGGCGAUGGGUUAUGUACCCUAUGAGUACAGUAGGCCAGGGACACAGCUGCUGGUAGAGGUGCGGCGGAAGCAGCAGAUGGUUGUGGUCAGCAAGAUGCCCUUUGUACCCACAAACUACUAUAUCCUAAAAUAAGAUGGCACAGGGCAGGGCUCUCCUCUGCAGGAAUCUUGCCCUGGAGGGCAUCCCAUAAGAUAGAGAUAGAAUUCUGAGGAAGCUGAGAUAGAAUUCAGUCUAGUGGACUGCUAGAGUAGUCUAUCCCACCCAACCCCCCAACCCAUGCUGCUCCAACUUUUUUGUGAGACAGUCUCACUUUGUCCCCUUUGGUAGAGUGCUGUGGCAUCAUAGCUCACAGCAACCUCCAA